AUGACUUCAAAGCCAUCCUCUCACCACCACAAACUCAAACUUACCACCACCAAAAGUCAUUUUAACAUGGAGACUCUUCCAUCCUCUGCCACCGAGCACCGCCAUCUCCCCCACGCCCGCGGCAACCCCUCCAAGUCCUCCUCCGACCCGUGGCAGUCGCACCGGCACCAGGUCCGCGCCAUCGCCAAGAAGCUCGCCGCGGCCGACGAUCCUUUUACAUGCCAGAAGCUAAGCUUCAUGUGCGCUCUGAAUGGUGGGCUCGCCGCCGACGCCGCUACGCCCUGCCCGGCCUUCACCCACAAGCACGCCAGCGUGCGCACCCACCACUUUGAGCUGCAGCUGCAGGGCGGCGCAGGCAAGGGCGGCGAGCUGCUCGGCAUCGCAUCCAGCUCAAUGCUUGAUUCGAGACCCGUGGCCGCCGCGGCCGCGGCCUCGACCAGCAUCUACCCAGGACAGCGGGGUGGAGGUGCGCGCCGCACGUUCAAGCGCGAUCGCUACACGCCGGCCGAUCUGGACGACGACGUGACGCUCGCCAAGAGCAAGGUGCCCAUGCCGUGCGACGACAAUAGCCAGAACACGGUGAGGGCGGCUGCCUCGCCCGCUCCCACAUCAUCGUCCAACGUGCAGACGGAAUCUGUCGCUGCCGUCGCUGACAAGGCCGAGGUGGCGGCGCUCUACGAGACGGGCCUGCUCUACAAGGACGCAAGCCCACGCGGCCGUGGUGUCACCCUCGACAGCAUCGCGCAUGAUGAGCCGACAUACGUGAUGCGCUCCGCCAAGCCGCGGGCGCGAAAGCAGCACGGUGGUCGCCCGCGCGGCACCGCGGCGCUGUCAGACCUGGACCUUGCUCUAAAUCUUUCCUUCUCCGACCUGGGCGACGAGGAGAGCGUGGUACAGUACCUCAUGGCGCUGACGGCGUCCGAGGCGGAUGCGGCCGACGCGAGCUCGACGCUCAGCUCGCCGACGCUACGAGCGCUUCAGGGGAUGGAUGACGCUUCGUCAGAGGCUUGGGUGGUGCUCGACAACAAGAGUGCCUGA